UGCCGCGGCGCCAUGGAAUAAAGUCGACGGGAGCAGUCGCUUGCUGGAAGGCGCAGAGGGCGAGGCGCGCGUCGUUGUUGCAGAACAGAUCGCGGCCCGGAGGCUCAGCAAAGCAAAGCUGUGUCGGAUUCCUUCCUGCGAGGGUUUGCCUGCCUCCACUGAUCCCUUUCUCCGGAGCCGUCGGGCAACAGGCGGCGACGAAAAGGGCCGCCGGUCCAGAUUUGGAGCGGAAAAGAGCACCUCGACGACGCGUCGGAAGAAGAAGCCGGUGGAGGAGAGCCGCCGAUAGACCUGCCCCGCCUGGACGUGGCGAAGUGGGCGGUUCCCGCGGCAAGGCCGGAGCCCGCAGGCAAGAUCCUCCCGGCCCCGUCGGCCUCUCUCCCGGCGUCGGUUCGCGACGGUGCCCUGCAGAAGGCGCGAGCAGACGGCUGCUGCCGAUCGCGGGGAAGGGGUCGCCGCGGUUUCCCUGCUGGAGCAGUAUAAUCGCGCGGGCUUGGCGCAGCUAGCCAUGGCGGCGAUCCGCAAGAAGCUGGUGGUGGUGGGCGACGGGGCGUGCGGCAAGACGUGCCUGCUGAUCGUCUUCAGCAAGGACGAAUUCCCCGAGGUGUACGUGCCCACCGUCUUCGAGAACUACGUGGCCGACAUCGAGGUGGACGGCAAGCAGGUGGAGUUGGCGCUGUGGGACACGGCCGGCCAGGAAGACUACGACCGCCUGCGCCCGCUCUCCUACCCGGACACGGACGUUAUCCUCAUGUGCUUCUCGGUUGACAGCCCCGACUCCCUGGAGAACAUCCCGGAGAAGUGGGUGCCCGAGGUGAAGCACUUCUGCCCCAACGUGCCCAUCAUCCUGGUGGCCAACAAGAAGGACCUGCGCAACGACGAGCACGUGCGCAACGAGCUGGCGCGCAUGAAGCAGGAGCCGGUGCGCACCGACGACGGCCGCGCCAUGGCCAUCCGCAUCCAAGCCUACGAUUACCUCGAGUGCUCGGCCAAGACCAAGGAAGGCGUGCGGGAGGUUUUCGAGACGGCCACGCGAGCCGCCUUGCAGAAGCGCUACGGCACCCAGAACGGCUGCAUCAAUUGCUGCAAGGUGCUAUAAUGGCGCGCGCAAAAAGGCGCAAAGAAGGGGCAGUUUUCUGGAGGGGCGCGCUGGAAAGCCGAGAGCCGCGCGCAGGACAAACCCGGGGGGAGAGAUGGGUGGGUGCCGUCGGAAUGCAUGCUUCUAGAAGGGGGCGCGGGAGCAUGUGUGAACCCCCCACGGGACACGGGGAGGCCUUGAUCAUCUUCGCAGAGGGCGGACCCCUCGCCAAGGCAUCGCCCUGUUUGCUGACACUGAGAGGCAACGACUCUCCCCGCCUUCCAAAAGGGCUACUGUGAGACUUGAAUGUACCGGGCUCCUUCCUUUCUUUCUUUCCUUGCUGGGGAGGACUGCAAACCCAUCGCCAAGCCAAAUAUGGGAAUCCAUUUCUCGAGCCAUUGUGAUGGAGGCUAUAGUAAGACUAUUGAGGUGUCUCCCCACCCAGGACUGAACGGAUAGUAACUCUACAAAGAGACAUUGUGCUGGACAGAUUUGUUCUCUCUCCCCUCUCCCACGCCCAAAUCUCCUGCUGUGAAUUCGUAUUUUCCUUGAGGCUUUGAAAAGGGGAGGAGGGCGGUGGUUUUUCCAGGGGGAGGGAUCUCUGCUGUGUGUACAUAUAAAAUAUUCUCUCGUUUAAACCGGAA